GUGAUAUAUGUGAGACCUGAAUAUGAAGCUAAUCUUGAUUCCCUUGUACAAGACACUAUCCGGCUCACAACUUAUGCUAAAGAUAUAUGCUCAGAGUCCUGUGAAAAACCAGAACCUUAUGUUGGUGAGACAAAUACAGCUUCUGUCCAUAUGAGAUGGUCAAGAUUACUUGAGCUUAAAAUGAAGAAGUAG